AUGGAGGGUUCCCUCUUCCCCUCAAGACCUGUAUAUCCCACCCCUUCAAAUAAACCAACCCAACCAAACUUCCCGCCAUGGAAGCUCAAUCCAACAACAGCCCAACCUCCACCUCCACCACCUCCUCCUACUCAAUCCCCAUCUCCAUCCUCAUUCCCCAUUGAUUCUCUCCUCCAACACCUUCUACACCUUUCUUCGUCUCCAAAAACUCCUCACACUGUUAAACCUGUGAAGCCACAUCAUUUCAGCAAUACCCAUUUGCGUUCUCUUAAACUUUCGGUUGAUUCUACUCAGAAACAGCUUGAAAAUGGCGGUUACGAAAAACCCACAUCGAAACUGGGUUCCUUGAGUUUCUCACAACAAAGGGUCACCGUUACAGCCUCUUCCUCUUUGUACCAAGUUCCCCUUUUCUCUAUCAAUGGAGGAGCCUCUUCUAUUCUGAGAAAUACCUCAAACCCACCAGCUGUUUCACUCAUUCUCAGUGCACAGGAGCUUAAAUUAGCUGGGAUAGAGUUUAAGCCAAGUGGUGCUGAUAUAGCUUAUACUAGUAAACGUUUUAACUUCAAAGGGCAUCUUAAACUUCCUCCAUUAACUGUGGAUGAAUGGACAAAGCCUAAGUUGAUGAAUCUUGUCGCCUACGAGAUGUGUCUUGGUGAUGUUAGUUCUUAUAUCGUUACUUCAUAUGUAAAACUUAUGGAUUUUCUCAUUGAUAAAGAAGAAGAUGUUAAGGAGCUAAGGGCGUCAAGAGUACUUUGGAACCAUCUCAGCUGUGAUAAAGAUGUGGUCGAUCUGUUCAAUGAUAUGGGGUCUGAAUGCUUUAAGCCACCCAAGGACUAUUAUUUUGAUGUCAUGGAAGAAAUGGAAAAUCAUUGCCAGAGAAAGUGUGCGAUUUGGAUGGCCCAAGUCUAUCAGACCCAUUUCAGAAGCCCCUGGACUAUGGUUGCUCUUUCGGCUGCUAUAAUAGCUCUUUUGUUGACUGCCAUUCAAACAUGGUACGCAAUCAACCCAAAUAAGUAGUUCAAAAACUAAACGUAAUGGACUCUAAAUUUUCGUUUUAUGGUUAUAAAUGGGUGUGGCUUUUGCCUGAAUUUUGUUGUGUGCAUAUAUGUAGUUCUACAUAUAUAUGCUGUGUUGGAGAGGCUUAAUGAUAAGCCAGCUACUAUGCAUGAUUGUCAGUUAUUUAUUACUACUAAUUAGUUUUCUUCUUCCUUUUUGGUUUUCAUAUUUAAUGAACGCUUAAAUCAAAGCUAUUCCAGUCAGUGUGCAUAUAAGAAUCAUGUUCUAUAUGAAGAGAACAUAAUGAUUUGUCUAGGAAUAUCAUAAAUGGAAUUCGUUUGUGGGAAUUAUAAUCCACAGAAAACAUAUUUUAACAACUUGACAGUUAAAGUUGUUAUGUUUGACUUUAUUUUCGGUUAGAUUAGUUUAUGUGCACCAAGGUUAUUUUAGUCUUUUCUGUAAUAAUUCUAUUUAAGCCUUGUAAUCUCUUGUAAUGAGUGACAGCAAAAGAAAAAAUUCACAUUGAAUUUGAGAGUGAGAGAAGUGUUCAGAGAGAAGAAAAGAGUGCAAGAGAGUUGGGGAAAUCUGAAUCCAAGAUCAGUGUUAUUGAAAGAAAACUCAAGCUGAGUUUUGAGGAGGGAUUUCACCUAGGUUCUUGGUGGUGCACUAAACUAAUCUUCAGCAUUGUAAUCUAUUGAUUGAUGGAGAAUACAACUCAGGGGAGUAACAAGAAGUAGGUCCUUAGUUUGGCCGAACCUGUAUAAAAUUUUGUGUUCUUUAUUUUUCAGUUUUGUCCUUUUAAUUUCUGGUUUAUUGCUUGAAUUGGUUUGAUCAAAUUAACUUGUUUACUUUGUAUAUGUGUUGAGUUUUGUGUUGUAAAGAUAUACAACAGUUAUGGCAUCUUUCGAUUAAAAUGAUAAAGCACAAAACUUUUGUGUAUUUUAUUUGAUUCCAUCAUGUACAAUAGUAGUGUUAUUCUUGAUAACAAAGGGUGCAUUUAUGUAUAUGAAGGUUCUGUUCGUUUGUGUUCUAUGUCAUUUCUUUCUUAAUAAGAAUCACUAGUCGUGUGAGGCCUCACACACUCUGUGUAUGGAGUUUCAUUUGAACUCAAAGAAUAAAGUUACGAUAGGGGCAACUACCUGUAGAAUCUGUUAAUCCUAACUAAGCACUUGCUGUGAUCUCAAUCUUAUGCAAAUAGCUAAUAAUGAGUUUGACUCAGCAUAGAGAGAAAACAGAGCAGUAAUCGAAAUGCUUUAAUUUUGCAUAUAAUAUCUCUAUUAUUUUUCAUGUCAACUAUCUAACAAAAUAUAGCAUUGUGGAACAUUUUACAUUAUAAAAUAUCAUCCUCAAGAGAUUCACCAGGACUUGGUAAGGAUUCACUAAUGAAAGAGUAAUAAUCUCUAGAUCUAGAGAUGAGUAAGUUUACAUUUUACAAGACUUGUAGUCUUUUGUUCUCUGCAGCCGAUUUAUGUAAGAAAUUAACUGCACUUAUUAGAGCCAUGUUAAUAUAACAUAAAUGAUAAAGCAAUAAGACUGAAACAAAAAAAUUGUACUUGUUUUCAUAGUUCAUUCCAUAGGAUUGGCAGAGUAAUAUAAGUCUAUGAAUCAACAAUCUUUGUUUAGUAGUGCUUUUGCAUUUUUAUUUUCAUGCUCAAAUUAGCGCCAUAGGCAACAAGUUGCUACUUCUACAUUGCCCCUAAGAUGAUUUAGAGGUAUACGUGUUGAUCUUCGUCACAAGAAACAUAUCAUGUUGAAUCCCAUACAAAACUCUUGUGAUGAUCUUUCUUGGUGAAACCUGUUAGAGUUAUUAUUUGAGGGCAUUUUAGUCUUUUCUUAAUUAUUGUUAUUUUAUAUCUUUUGCCUUAUAUAAAAUGCUUGGCUUAUUAGUUUUGUAACUUAGAAUACAUUAUUCUCUAUAUUUUGCAAUUCUAUCUAGCCUCCCUUUUCUCUCUUCAUCUUUUUGCUAUCUCUCUUAUUGGGUUUUAUGGAUUGUGUCUUUGCAUAAUUAUCAUGGUAUCAGAGAAUGGUUUAUGGAAUUGAAUUUCUUAAGCGUAAUC